AGUAGAAGAACGUAGCAGUUAGCUUUACAGUGUGACAGUUAGCGUUGUGACCGCUGUGAGCAGUGUCAAUGUACAUGGCCAGAACAACCACUAUGGCCCCGUUCGCGUACGCUGGCUAAGAUGUUAAUAACUCUGUGCUACGUCUACCUGUGGGUGCGCUUUCACAAGUGCUACUCGGUGCUGAUCCGCAACAGUCUGUCCAGACUGAACAGCAGCAGCUUCGGCUUCAGCUUCAGUGUUUGCUCCGGCUCGGCCUCAGCACCAGCCAGAGCUCCGCCGGCUGGACGCACAGCCGGACGCACAGCCGGACGCAGCCGGCAGCCCAGCCCUCUCCCACCCGAGGACGUCGUCUUCCUCCAGCUGGGAGACAAGGCCGUCUAUGUAACAGAGCCUCAGGCAUGUGAGGACCUCAGCAAAUGGACUGUGCUGUUGGGGUCUUCUCUGGUUUGUGGCCCACGAAUAGAGAAUAUUUCAUUCAUCAUUGAAUCUACAGGACACAGAGUGGGCUGCCAUUUUCCUCACACAUCGAAUAAAAAAGUGCUGAAGUGGUCUGACUACUGUCUUCCUCUGGCCUGUAGCCCCGGCCAGCCAUUCAGGGCGGUGGCUCAGGCCACUGUAGAUAACUUCAGUCGGCUGGGGGUGGCUUUCAUCGAAGACCGGCUUCAUCUGGAGAAUGGACUUGUGCCUUCAAAGAUAGUCCCUGUCCUCUUGCAAGAAUCCACUCUCAGUGAGCUUUUGGAAAAGAAGUGUCCACGGAAGACUGAGCCGUCAUUAUGGCUCUGUGGCACUGAAGAGGGCGUUGCUGAGCCUUCACCCUCGCCUUCGCCUCGUCACCUGUCAGUAGACCAGCAGCACCUACAGUGCCGUAAAGGCAGCCUUCUCCUCACCCCAGAGGCGAAGAGGAGGUUGGAGGAGCGACGAGGAUCAGAGCCGCUCCGCAGCACCCAGGAUCUGGGAUCUGCCUUGGACUUGGAGGACCAUUCCUUAGGGAAUCAUCACCACAUGGAGGGCCAUGGACACCACCUCCAUCUGUCCAGCUGCCACGAAUGUUUGCAGCUGGAGAACAGUACCAUCCUCUCUGUCAAAUAUGCCUCAGCUGAUAACAUUCCAGACCUUCCUGAUGAUAACUCAGUGGGGCUGGAUAGUGGGGAUGAGACUCUGGACGAAGUUGAGCACGAUGCCAAAGGGUUUUUUGGAUCUGACUGUAAUAGCAAACCGCCAAAUGUUCUGGUGUUCACAGGUGGUUCCCAGGAGCGUUUCCAGGCAGUCCGUCAGCUUUUAUCAGAGUGUAUAAACAUGGACAACAACAUAAUAUAUCCCCUCCUACCACAGCAGGCUUUGAGUGAUCCUUGGCUGGACAACACCAGGCUAUUGGUCCUGGCAGAGGAGGAAACCCUGACCCCCCAGCUUCAGACCCGCUUUCUCACCUACCUGAGCCAGGGUGGCAGGGUACUGGGGCUAGCCUCCACCCUGUGCCCCGCAGGCCUGUGUCUGGAAGUCAGGGAAAGGAGACGUGGGCAGAUCAGCCGGCUGAGCUUCACCAGGGAGGACAGCACAGAACUGGAACUGAGCUUGUUGGCGAGCGGGAAGGUCUACAUCAGGGACACUCAGGGAGGAGGGGAAGUUGAGCUCUGGGGGGAGCUGAAAGGGGACAUCCCUCAUCAGAGGGACAUGGUUAUAGUCAGAGUAACCCAUGGAGGGGAUGGCGGGGAAGCUGUCCUCUGUCAGGUCCACCUGGAAAUUGCUCCUGACUCCCAGAAUCUGACAUCAGAAGCUUUCGAUGAACUGAAGGUCAGCAAUGCACGGCGUUUUGAAGUCUUGACAGAGAUCCUCACCUCUCUUGGCCUCACUUGUGAGCUGAACCAGACCCCAGCCCCAGGCCCAGUCCACCUGCUGGCCACUUCUCAGGAGGCCAAGGCCCGCUUCCUGAUUUGGCUUCACACACGUGCAGAUCAAAAUGGCCUCCUGAAAUUGCCCAAGGCAUCCCUCAGGAUGGUGUCCUGUUCUGAGCACCAGGAUGGUCCUUCGCUGCCCGACAGCUCUCUGGCCCUGAUCACCGACUCUUCAGAGUCCCAGAGCUGGGCACAGUUCAGUAUGGAGACCUACAGCAAGAACCUGAAGACCAACCUACUUGGGCGCACCGUGCUGUACGCUGAGGUCACCACAUCUACCAUGGACCUGUUGGAAGGUCUGACUCUGCACUUACCAAAGGAUGUGGGGUUAAUAGCAGUAUCUGCUCGACAAAGCCAGGGCAGAGGUCGGGGCAGGAAUGCCUGGCUCAGCCCUCUGGGUUGUGCCAUGUUCACUCUGGCGGUCCAGGUUGAGCUGAGCUCCAGGCUCGGACAGAGGAUUCCCUUCCUGCAGCAUCUGGCUGCUCUGGCAGUAGUGGAGGGUGUUCGCACACUUCCUGGAUACCAGGACUUAGACCUGAGGGUGAAGUGGCCCAACGACAUCUACUACAGUAACCUAAUGAAGCUUGGGGGAGUCCUUGUGACUUCCACUGUAAUAGGAUCAAUCUUUCAUCUGCUCAUAGGCUGUGGGUUCAAUGUGACAAACAGCAACCCAACAGUGUGCAUCAAUGACCUGAUCCAGCAGCACAACAUACAGCAUAACUGCAGCCUGCAGCCCCUCAGCUGUUGCCAGCUCAUCGCUCGGACUGUCACCUGCCUGGAGAGUCUCAUCUGCAGCUUCCAACAAGGAGGCCCAGAUGCCAUCCUGCCCACCUACUACAAGAGAUGGCUCCACAGAGAUCCAACAUUUGCCACCUUGAGCAAGCACUUGGCGACCACAGCAAGAAAAACUUCCUUUUAAGAGGCAGAAACCUCAAGCAGACCCCAGCUCUAGUACCUUGGCCCUCUGGCUCAUCCUCCCCAGAUGAAGUGAAAAUGUCAAAGGAAACGUGCAAACUGCUGGAACUGGAUACAGCCAUGUGCUUCAUUACAACAUCAGUCCUCCUCCUCUGCCUAUGCCCAAGACAUCACACACCAAUAUGGAAGUCAUCACAGUAAUAGUAUGUACUAGUAUUACUAGUGUGGUAUGAAUGAACCAUACCUACAUCUGUUUUCACUGUGUCUGGAUUAGUUUUUUGGCUUAAAUUAUAAUAACAUCACAGUGAAUGAGCUAACAUACUGUAAAAGGCCAUGUAUGAAUCUAGUUUUAAAGAUAAUACAGAUAUUUAUUACAGUUGGUUUGUUGCAUUAAUUUUAAUUUCUGUCUUGAAGUCAUGGUUCCCUACUACAUUACAGCAACAGGGGGUCGCACACUACUUCUGAUAAGAUCUUUCUUUUUUUCUUUUUUGUAUAUAUAUAUAUAUAUAUAUAUAUAUAUACACUGAACAAAAUUAUAAACGCAACACUUUUGUUCUUGCCCCCAUUCAUCAUGAGCUGAACUCAAAGAUCUAAGACUUUCUAUGUACACAAAAGGUCUAUUUCUCUCAAAUAUUGUUCACAAAUCUGUCAAAAUCUGUGUUAGUGAGCACUUCUCCUUUGCUGAGAUAAUCCAUCCACCUCAGAGAUGUGGCAUAGGCUGGCCACAAUAAAAGGCCACUCGAAAUAAAUAAGUUGUCAUUGUCAUUUACAAUGACGACCUAGGCAAGAGGCAGCAACAGGAGAUGAGUCGAUACAACAAUAAAAAAAUAUACAGCUAGUGCAAAAAAUAUAUAUAAUAGUAUAGUUAAAUCUGCACAAUAAAAACAGUAUGUACACAACAGUAAUCAAGUAUUGUGUUUAAAAGCAGGUGCAGUGAUCACAAACUAUUACCUGUUUGUAAAGUUAGUAAAGGAGGGUAACGAAAUCAAGGUGUGUGGUUUUAGUUUCUUUUGUAACUCAUUCCAGUCACUGGGAGUGGCAAACUGAAGUGAGUGAUGGGCUGAGAAGCUCACUGUGGGGACAAUGUUAAUGCUGAAAGUCUGAAUGUCAUUUUAUGUUUAAGAUAUUUUAAUAUUUUCAUUUUAUUGUUACAUUUACAGAUCCAUUCUCCAAUACAAUCUAUCUUACAGAGACUAUUUUCCCCUUGUCAACCUCUCCAUUGGGGUAACACAUCUUGUUGAGGGUCUAGACUUGUCGACAGUAUCAACAGCAGCUACAGGCAGUGGCUCCAAGUCUCGGUUUCCCCCCUCAGCGUGCACAGUCUACCCCCAGGCCAAAUGACUCUAUUCUCCCACUGCUUACAUUCCCCUGACAUGCACCAAGCCAGCUGGUCCUAUACUUGUUUAUUAAGGUUUCUCCUUAAUGUGGCAGGUGCAGGCUGGAAUAUGGGAUUCAUAUGGUGCAAAUAAUGCAAACUUGCAAAAUACAGUAAUUUGCUGUUACUGACAUAGAUUUAGGUCACGUGCAUGGACACAUAGUGCAUUUAGUUUUUGUCCCUCAAACCUUUUUUUAUUGACUUUUUUUUAAGAAUGCGCACACUAGUUGUGGGUGUGUGUGACAUGGGUGUGUUGUUUUUGUCAUCGUCUAAGACUUGUUGUAGCUCAGCAUUCAAAUGGAUUCGGUAGACGGAAAACCAGAUGUCAUGUGAAUGAGAGCAGGAUGGUUGUUUGGGUUUUGGGAGGCAGACACCCUCUCCACAUUUAAGAGUAGGUUUGAGCUAUUAAUAAGAAAUUACAUAAAAUAAUAUACACAAAAUAAUUUAAUCUUAUAUAGUCAUUAAAUGUAUUUUAUUUGUUACGUGAGAAAACACAAUUGUUUUUGUAUGAGUGAUUGUGAUUGUGUGAGUACUAAGUACCUUAACAUGUAUCAUGAUAAUUAUAACAUCUUGUCUGUUGUACUCAACUGGUUUGAGAAAGAAAGGUAAUGUUUAUUGAAAGUAUCCUUCAGUUAUGGAUAGGUGAACAUAGAUGAAGAAGAAAGAUGUUAUACUUGAUGAAUGUUCUACAAAGCAACGAGUGUUGCUAGUUUAUUUACUUUUUACCUAUCAAGUACCUAUUAACAACACUAACAUUAUCUCCUCUGUCUUAGGCCUAGGAUAUUGGCAGAGGUGAGCAAUGAAGGAUAUGCCCCAAGAGGAAAAGGUUAAAGGAAUAAAAUGUACCUCUUAACCUCAUUUAUUUGUGUUGUUUUUGGCUGACACUUUGGUAUAAAGGAUAUUGAUGUGGUACUCUCAUAUAACAAGGGAUUUGGCAACAUCUAUUACAUCCUCCUUAUAAUGUAGGAUGUUUUUAUUUAAAUGUAGUUAGAUUAGCUAGAUGAGAGGAUCUGUAUAGUAGCUACUGUCAGCAGCUGGUUAGCUUAGCUGGAGACGUGAAACAGAGAACGUGCUAAAGGAAAAUCGCAGUUUAUUAAAACUUUGUUUUAUUGUCAUAGCUCUUGGUUAUAUCAGUUAUAACACUGUACUCACUAAUUUAUUGUAUAGAUCUGGGAAUAAGAAAAAGCUAGAAAAAUUAAGCCUAACAGAUAAAGAAACACCAGUAGCCAGAUCAGACAAGUUAGAAAGUUUGUUCAGAAUAUCCAGGCUCGAACCUGCCAGGAGGGGCUCUCAAAUGACUAAUACCCCACCUAUUAUUAUUAUUAUUAUUAUUAUUAUAAAAUAUAAUUUAUAAUAAUAUAUAACAUAUCUUAUCUUAUUUGCCAUGCCCAUAUUUCUAAUUGCUUACCAGUCAAAACAAGGAAAUAGACCUGAUGAGCAGAUCUCACUCCCAGACACAAACACACACAAACAGAAACAAGGUUGUUAGGAACCCCUGAUCCAAACCACUUUAUUUGGAAGUCAAACUAAAGGGGGUAAAUACAGUAAAUACAGUUUGUACAUGUUGAAGCAGGCAGUGUUCAAAGAACAUGGUGAGUGCAGUAUCACCAUAACCAAAAGAACCCAUGGCUAUAUUACCCAAGUUGAAUAAACCAUAGUUUUCCUUUUCUUUAUUUUAUUGUCAACAGAAAGUUUCCAUGAUACCAAUUCCAAUAUCCAUAUUCCAAUUCAAUCAGAGUUGAGCCUCUAUGGGCUGUUAGCUUAUAUUAUGCUAAAAUUUCCCACGGUUGCCCACUCUAUUGCUCCAUAUUUUGAGCCUGUUAAAUGAUUCAAGUUAUGCAAUAAAUAUAUAAUACUGAAUAAAUAGUUCAUUUAAAGAAAAAAAAAUCCUGUUUGAAGGCACUUUUUGCCUGUUAAAUCAAAUACAAAAGACUUGACCCUCUGUUAUACCAGAGCGUUAUGUCCACUCAUAGACAGUUAUACUGCACUCAGUCUGGUAAAGGAGCUACAAAUCUGUUGCUGUUUGUUUGCCAAAAGUUAUAUGGCUAUUUAAUUUUCAAAAACUCAUCAAAAGUAGAUCAUGGUUUUGGGUGGGUUUAUUGAUGUUUGCUUGCCAUCACUAUUUAACAUUCUUUUUCAAACCUUAUUUGAACCUUACAACACUGCCGAUACUCACAUACCAUGAAUGACAUGUUUUCCAAAUGAUGCCUGUUUUUUGACCCAAUACAGGCUGCCUGAGAUCCUCCCAAACUUUUAUAAAUAUAAACACUCAGAUCUUUACUACCAAGUUAGACAUGGUAUUUCCAUGUAAGAAAAUUAAUACAAAUGCUACAGUGUUUUCUCUGAGUACAAAAAUGAGCUCAAAAUCAUAGAUAAUGAUCAGGCCCUAAGUUUGGGUUGAAUAUUAAUACAAUUGCUGGGAAAGCUGUAUUGCAUAUAUAAUCUUUAGAACAUGUAUCAGGUUGAUCUUUGAUAUGACAGACAACAUGGCUAUCCUGCAGGAGUAAAAUACAAAAUGAGAGAGAGAAGAGAAAUGACUGGCUGGAGUCUUUGAAAGAGUCAGAGUCAGAGUCUUCUGAGCUUCUGCCCUGGGUCACCUCUCAUUUGUGAUAAUGACGGAUGUGCCAAUGUAAUGUGGGAUCUCUCUUUGGCUGUCAGGGGACGAGCUGGAGCUGGGGCUGUUGCAGCUGUAAGAGACUGUCUCUUUACCAUGGUAACUGUAGCCGUCGGUAAGAUGGCUCAGUGCGGUAAAAGGGUGGGCUUUAAUGGAAUUGUGUUUGCUCAAAACUUCAUGAAAGUUCAAAGACAUGUGUUGAGCUUGGGCUGGAAGUCCCACCCCGACCCCCAUACCUGUCAACAUUCUCCUGUCCUCAGCAGACCUGGGCUGCACCUCCGUGGCAGCUUCACGCUGCUGGUGGCCAUCAGAAGGCUGUGGAUAUUCUACAGCGGGGUGGCUGUAGGGAGCCUCCAUCAUACACAGCCUCCUCCUCUGCCCUAGGGCCAUUUGCACAGGGAGAGGCUGGCCCAUGCUGUGCAGCAGGUCACCCUGCUCACCUUUUCCUAGAACAAGGCCACUGAGCAAAGGGCAGGCCUGGGCCCGAUCACCCUGAAGUCUCUCAGCACCUUUUGUAUUACGCUGGACAUCCUGGCUUAAAGGUUCACUGUCCUUGGUGGCAUGAGCAUGGGGAUGUGGACACACCUCAGGCACGCUGUGUACAAGCGUGUAAGGUUCGUAGGGUUCUUCCUUCAGCCUGCCAGUAGAAUGGUUUGUGCUGCUGGAACAGUGAUGGGAGAUCUUAUCGGGGUACCUACGGUCAGCUGUCAGCAUGGGGCCUGAUGAGGAAAACAAUAUUCAGGAGCUGAAAUUAUACCAGAACUUCAGCGGAAAGAGAAAGGCAGUAUGAUUAGGGUAUUUUAACUAAAAUGUUAGUCCAUCAGUGUGUUACAGGUCCAGUACGUAGGAUUUAGUGGCAUUUAGCAGUGUAGUUGCAGAUUGCAACUCUCUCGCUUCAGAGUGCACCAUAUUCAUUUUAUUGAUAUUUUCUAUUUGCACUCACAUUUCCUACUUCGUACUACAACUGCAGCACAAUAAUUUCCCUCAGGAUGAAUAAAGUUCUUAUCUGAUGUCAGCUUAUUAUUUACUGAAGGACAAUUCACAAUUUUUGAGGGGUAACAGUUCACACUACUGAGAUUAGAUUAGUCGGUCAAGUUAGUUCUAGUAGGAUCAAGAUCUCUUUUGCACAAGAGACCUGACAAUACAUACAAACAAGAUCACAGGAUAAUUCACCACACAUGCAAUUAAAUGUUAAAUAAACUAGAAUGUCUACUGAUAGCAUACAAGAUUGUAUCAUCAGCAUAGUAGUGAAUAUGGUGUCCUCUGGUUUGAAAGCAUAAAAAACAACACUCUGGACUGUUUAUGUCACAAAUCUCAAUUCAAUUCAAUUCAAUUUUAUUUGCAUAGCGCCAAAUCAUAACAGAAGUUAUCUCAGGACACUUUUCAAAAUAGAGCAGGUCUAGAUAGUACUCCUUAUAAAAUUAAUUACAGAGACCCAACAGGCCCCACCAUGAGCAAGCACUUGGCGACGGCGGCAAGGAAAAACUUCCUUUUAAGAGGCAGAAACCUCGGAUAGACCCCGGCUCUAGGUGAGGGGCCGUCUGCCUCGACCAGUUGAGGUGAGAGAGAGAGAGAGAGAGAGAGAGAGAGAGAGAGAGAGAGAGAGAGAGAAUUUGUCCAGCAGGUUUAAUGAGGUUUAAUCAUGGUAACUUUGUCAGAUAAAGACUGUACCUGUGUAUUUCUUGGGUACUGGGGGGCUGCUGAUGUUCCAUCCAACAGACCCUCUGCUUUGCAGGGAACCGAUGAUCUGUUGAGCCAGCUGAGAAGAGGGACCUGAGCUUGGCAGGUGAGUCUGAGCAUCCAGAUGCUGGUGUUUGUAGGGGUAGUGGAGGGUCAGAUUGUAAGUGGGGCUGCAGGACGCCUGACCUGCUUCAGGGCUCAAGCUGGAGUUCUUCUCCCUGCAGGGGGUCACUGGGUACGGGGACCUCUCCUUCCAUAGCCCCUUCUGUGGGGAGCAGCUCAAAUGGUCUGGCUGGAAGAGGCGAGUGGCCUGCUGUUAGCCAUAAAUAAGCAUAAAGAAGGUUACUGAAAUGCAAGUAUGUAGUUUUGCAAUAGACACUCAUAAAGGAAUGUUAUAUUAUAUGUCUUUCACACUGGAUCCCUAUUUAGCUGAACAUAUAGUCUGGCUAAUAAAGGACUGACAUUCUGAGAUAAAUUUGGUUUCCUCAAAUAAAAGUUGGAUCUCAAAUAAUGGUGGUGGUCGCAAUGAACAAAUAAAGGCUAUUCCCAAAUACAGGCUGGGGAACAAAACAGGGUGGAUAAACUCCCGGUGCAUGUUAUGUAUGUCUAUGCCAACUAAGCCUAAAUAGCCUAAUUCCAUUCCAUAAAUGAAAUUAAUAAAUUCAACAACAAAAUUAUGCUAUUUUCAACACUUAGCAUCUUACUCAUCUCUUACUGUAGACACACAGUGAACCCACUCCCUUUGUAGCAGGGGCGUGUGUUUUUAACAGGGCUGUGGCUCAGAGGCAGAGCGGGUCGUCCACUAAUUGGAAGGUUGUUGGUUCGAUCCCCAGCUCCUCCCUCCACAUGUCGAAGCAUCCUUGAGCAAGAUACUGAACCCCAAAUUGCUCCCGAUGCUGUGCAUCACUGAGUGAAUGUGUGUGAAAGGGUAAAUGUGGCACGUAGUGUAAAAGCGCUUUGAGUGGUCGGAAGACUAGAAAGGUUUAUUAUAUUUCACCAAAAAUCCAUCUUUGUCGAUAUUUUAUUAUUUUUUCUGUAUAAACCUGUUUUUGUGUGUAUUUAUUUUGGGGAGCUUUUAUUUUGUCAAUUGUAUUUUGGCAGUGUGACCGUUGACCUGUUAGUGAUGUCACUUAGGUAAGACUCUGGUAAGACGACCUGAGCACUCUGGUUCAAAGUGACUUAAAACAUGUUAAAAACGCUAAAUAGAGGUUUUAACUCUACUUUAUAACAGUUGCUGGCUUUGAUUUUUAUUUAAAUGUGUACAUAAAGUUUUAUCAUGUACAGCACUUUUUGUGUGAGAUAUUAGCUCACCUGCCUCAGCUUAAUGAAGAGCACACAGACAGUUUCUCAUGUGCCGACUCUUUUCUCCCUCUCAUUUAAAGGUGUGCGUGUGGGAACCAAGUUGCUAUACUAAUCUUAUGUGUGUUGUACACAGGUAUGUGAGUACUCCCCUUGUUUUUUUGUGAUGAAAAUGUUAUUUUUAUACAUGUAGUUUUUUAUGUUUGUUCAUGUUUACAUUUUACAUUUAUUAAUGAAACCUAAAAAUUGCUGUUGGUAUGUAGGGAAAUGUUUUUGAUUUUACAUUGAAAUUUUGACAAUACGAUCACAUUGAAAUUAAUUUUGGUUUAUUAUUUUAAUAAGAACACUGCACAUGUUAUUGAGUAACGGUACGCUAUGCUGAGGAGAGGUGUGCGUGUGGGAACCAAGUUGCUGUACUUAUUUUAUGUGUAUUGUACACAGAGAAUAAAUUCACUGUCCAACUGGCAAAGCA